CCCCAGGCAUCGGUGGCACCGGUUGGCGUCGGACAAAACGGAGCCGUCUUUGCCCUUGGUGAUGGGAAAUUUUGAAGACACAAGGACCUGCAGUUGCUGGAAUCUUGCAUGGAACACAAAGUGCUAGAAUAACACAGCAAAUUCAAUUUGAAUGUAGUGAGUUAACGCAUGAAGGAAAAGCUUUAAAGUUUAAAUAAUUCAAAAUGACAUUUGCACCAUUGAAGAUCAUGAACGGUCCUAAAAUGCAGACAAAGAUGAGCACAUGGACACCCCUGAACCAUCAGCCUACCAAUGAAAAGGUAUUUGGAGAAAGAGGAGAACUACUAGGGAAAUGGUUUGAUAAGUGGACUGAUACACAGCGUCGCAAGAUUCUUCUUGAUCUGUUUAAAAGAUGCUCCGUCUCCCAGCUGAAGUUUUGUGAGCAACAUUUGCGCAGUAGAGUUCCAAUGGAAGCUUUGGACUUUACAUGUUUCCUUCCCAGAGUGCUGGCUUUAUACAUCUUCUCCUUCUUGGAUCCAAGAAGCCUUUGUCGGUGUGCACAGGUGAACUGGCAUUGGAAAGAUCUGACUGAACUGGACCAACUCUGGAUGCCCAAAUGCCUGAGACUAGGUUGGUACAUCAGUUUCUCGCCUACUCCCUAUGAACAAAGAAUCUGGAAAAGGCACUACCUUGAGAUGGUGAAGGAGCUGAAUGUGACCAAGCCAAAGACUCCACCCAAAGAAGAGUUUAUUGUGGCGCAAGUCCAUCCAUUAUCAAAAGAUCCAGCAGACCAAAAGCUGUCUACAACGCUGUCCCCCACUGGGAAAGUUCGGCCUGAGCUCCCACCCUGGCGUGGGUCAGACAGACAUCCGACAGAUACCAUACGUUUCAACUAUCUGGACAACAGCAGCCCCAUUGAGUUAACUGGGAAAAAGAAGGGCAAUCAAACCACCCCUGAUCUUAUUCGACAGAGUCUCGACAGAAAGAAGCAUCUAUCGGCAAACUAUAAAAUGCGUAAAGUAAAAUCACUGAUGUGCAUGUCCCUUGACUUUAACUUCAAUCAAAAACGGCAACUUCGUCCAGUCUGGGCAAGUCGUAGUGCAGUGGGAGGUUUUGUUUCCAAGGAAGAAGUCAAUGCAUUAACCCAAAGUUCCGAGUGGAAUGCUGGUAUUCGACCAGCACCAGUUCGACCAGCUGUUCCAGUCAUGAGUGAAAAAGGACAUAAAGCUUCUUUACGGACCCAGAGGAGCACCCCCUCCUGCCCACUCUUUGAGAGUCAGCCAUGGCAAGUUCCAGAAACAGGGAGAAGUGGUGAUGAAGAAUGAAAGGAUUACACCACGUGGAACAGAUACUGAGCUGGUUAGCAAAAAUGACAAGAGUUGGUGGAUUUGGAUUGUACUGAAGGAAUCACUGGAUGGAUAUGUGGAUUAUACACAAUAAAUUGUAAUGCGCUGAAUGUUAGGGUUAAAUAAUUAAUUUCCUAUUUUGUUGUGAGGGAAGAAAUGAAUGAAAAUGUGAAUUGAAGACAUUUUUAAACUGUAAAAAUCAUUGAAGUAUUAUGCUAGAAACACUCCAAGCAGUCUGAAGCAUUACAUAGAAACAUAGAAAAUAGGUGCAGGAGUAGGUCAUUCGGCCCUUCAAGCCUUCACCGCCAUUCAAUAUGAUCAUGGCUGAUCAUCCAACUCAGUAUCCUGUACCUGCCUUUUCUCCGUACCCCCGAUCCCUUUAGCCACAAGGGCCACAUCUAACUCCCUCUUAAAUAUAGCCAAUGAAUUGGCCUCAACUACCUUCCGUGGCAGAGAAUUCCAGAGAUUCACCACUCUCUGUGUGAAAAAUGUUUUUCUUAUCUCGGUCCUAAAAGAUUUCCCCCUUAUCCUUAAACUGUGACCCCUUGUUCUGGACUUCCCCAACAUCGGGAACAAUCUUCCUGCAUCUAGUCUGUCCAACCCCUUAAGAAUUUUGUAAGUUUCUAUAAGAUCCCCCCUCAAUCUUCUAAAUUCUAGCGAGUACAAGCCGAGUCUAUCCAGUCUUUCUUCAUAUGAAAGUCCUGACAUCCCAGGAAAGUCAUACAAAAUUAUGUGCUUUGCACAAUCCACACAAUGUUGCUUCUGAUGUGGUAGAACACACUAUAAAGGAAAAGAAAAUUUAACCCAGGAAAGAUAAAUGUAGCUCAGAAAAGCCAGUUAUGUACAGUAUUGCCUGAGUUCGAUAUCUGUGUAGAGAAAUUCCAAGGAGAAAAAGUUCACAUAACUUUAUUUUUUCUAAAUAAUUUAAGUUCACCUUUCCUUUCUCCACCAAUUCUGAUUAUGUUCUGAUGCACCAUCCAGAGAGUAGUAGAAUUAUUUUCAAAAAUCUGUGAUGAUUAUUCAAUGAUUUGCAGAGAAGUGACAUUAUGUACAGGUAUUUAAAUGAUUGCUGUCAGUCUAUUAGACUUACUAAUAUACUUUCUCAAAUAAAUGACCUAACUCACAACUAUUGAACGAUCUAUUGAUUAGAACAGCAAAAACAUUAAAGAAAAAGAAAACCAUGCAUGCUUCAUAUUUAAGCCUGUAGAUUCACAGAACAUGCUGGCCUUGUUUGAAAAAUGUUCUUUGGAUUUAUCUGUUUUUAACUGAACUGCUUCCAUUCAACUUAGGAAGUAAAAUUUGGAUGGACGUGACUCAGGCAUGUGCUCAAACCUACCUUGAGCUCUCUGGGUGUCCAUCCUGUGAUAGGGCUGUGGCAUUGUUAUGUGCUUCUGAAAUAAAUUGGUCCAGUG